AUGAGCAUUGCAGUGAAUGCGGAUGAAUUAAAGCGAUUGGAGACGGCAUGGGAUGGACGCGAUGUUAUAACGAAAGAGCAGUUUUUUACCGAUAUUCUCUGUCAUCCGGGAGUUCCGCAGUCUACGCGGACGCGAAUUUUUACCAAAUUCUGCCAGGGAUGCUCGAAACUCUCAUUUCAGCAGUUUGUUGUUGGGAUUGUUUUAUUGACAAAGGCUGAUAAAGCGGCCCGAAUUGAGUUUCUGAGUGAUGAUGACGAGCUAAAAUGUUGGAUCGAACAGCCGCCGCAGCUGACCUCACGUCUUUCCGAAAUUCACUAUAAUUUCUAUCAGGUUCUCGCUGGCGUCACACAUCUUGACGAAGGCGAAGUGGAAGAACUGGAAAAAGUGUUCGGCUCGAUCAAUGACACCAAAUUAUGUAAACUAACCAGAAAUGGUUUUGGCGCACUGGUUGGAGGAGCCAUAGCCGAUUGCUUCAUCGAUGGCCUGUUUCGUGCGUUCGAUGUAAAUGGCGAUGGGCUGGUGGACUUUAAGGAACUUGUAUGUGGCCUUUCGGCAUCUUGUCGUGGUCCUCAUACUGCUCGCCUCAAGUGUAAGCGCUUUUCCGGGCUUUCAGUCUAA